AAUUGUCAUAAUCAGCUGUUUAUUGUUGAAGUUUCGUAAAGCUGUUUGGGCUUACAGGUUCUUAUCAAAAAAGGAAAUAUUUGGGUAUUCUGCUUAUUGGAAUUUUGUAGUAAUCAUGGCAGAUGUGAAAUCUUUGGAACAUCCCACCUUAAAGGUUCCUUAUGAAAUUUUAAACAAGAAAUUUCGUACGGCACAAAAAUCCUUGGACAGGGAGGUAUCUCAUGUGCAACAGGGAGUGGGUGAAGUUGAAAAAUGCCUUUCAUCCGAGGGUGGAGUUAAGGCUAAAGAUAUCACUAAUCUUUUAGGUAAUUCCUGUGGUAUGGUUGAAAAACUUCAUGUCCUAAAACGCAAAGCUGAUGAGAGUAUAUUAGAGGAAUUGACAGCUGCUAAUGUAUGCAAGAGGAGAUUAGAACAUCUCAAAGAACAUGCUACUGUUACAGCCAGUAACACAGUUUCAACAGGUACACUGAAUCAGUGGAGGAAAAAACGACUAGAUAGAAUGGUGGUUGAAUAUUUCUUGCGCAAUGGUUUUUACAAUGCCGCUAUUAAACUGGCCGAAAGAAGCGAAAUUAAAGAAUACACUAACAUUGAUAUAUUUUUGAAUUCUCGCGAGGUAGAGAAAUCUUUAGCCAGUCAUGAAACUCAAAAGUGUUUGGCCUGGUGUCACGAUAAUAAAUCCAAAUUGCGCAAGCUCAAAUCGACUAUGGAGUUCAAUAUUAGAGUUCAGGAAUUUGUAGAACUUAUCAGGAAGGACCGUAGAAUGGACGCCAUAAAGCACGCACGCAAAUAUUUCCCUAGUUUUGAGGACGAACAUCUGGUGACAAUCCAGAAAGUUAUGGCUCUGUUAGCUUUUUCAGUAGGCACUACUUUGCCAGAUUAUGCAGUUCUAUUCGACAUGCGCAGAUGGGACAAACUUAUUGAGCAGUUUAGGCAAGAAAACUACAAGCUUUUCCAGCUGUCUUCGCAAUCCGUAUUUACAGUCACUCUUCAGGCUGGACUGUCAGCAUUGAAGACACCUCAGUGUUAUUCGGAAAAUAAUGAAAACAGGAAUCCAGCUUGCCCAGUGUGUCAAGAGGAUUUAAAUAAACUGGCUGAUCCUCUACCAUUUGCUCAUUGCUCACAGUCUAGGUUAUAUUGUCACAUUACUGGCCUACCAUUGAACGAAAAUAACCAGCCUAUGAUGUUACCUAAUGGUUAUAUUUAUGGGGAGCAGGCUCUCGAAGUGAUGGCUAAAGAGAACAAUGGCCAAAUUAUUUGCCCCAAAACGAAAGAAAUAUUUCCGUUCAAGAAAGUGGAGAAGGUGUACGUCAUGUAAAGAUGAUACCGUUCAUGUGAUACUCAGAA